UUGGACUCCAGGCGGUGUGGGCAGCGUGUGGUGUCUGAGUUCCUGGGUUUUCUCAGCUUUGCAGGUAAACUAUGGAUAAAAGUUUGCAGAGUAAGUGGAAAAGGAAGAUGCGUGCUGAAAAGAGAAAAAAGAAUGCCCCGAAGGAGUUCAGCAGACUGAAAAGUAUUCUUAAAGUAGAUGGUGAUGUUUUAAUGAAAGACGUUCAAGAGAUAGCAAUAGUGGUGGAACCCAAACAUUGUCAAGAGAAAACGCAAUGUGUGGUGAAAGAUGAAACAGAUGACAUGAAAAUGGAGACUGAUAUUAAGAGAAACAAAAAGACUCUUCUCGACCAGCAUGGGCAGUACCCCGUAUGGGUGAACCAGAGGCAAAGAAAAAGACUGAAAGCAAAGUGAGAGAAAAACAAGGGAAAAAGCAAAGGAAAGGCCAUGAAGGCAGCAAAGGGUUUGGCCUCGUAGACUUAAAAACUUGAAAAGUGCCACAUAGGAUGGAUCUUUGAUUAGAAAUGUAUACAUUGAUUUCAGCUUCCGCCACAUGAAAAUUUUGUUUCCAUUUUUUAACUUGGCCUUUUCCUUCAGUUCAAGCCCAACCUAACUCCUUAAAUUUGUCAUGGUAACUUGAAUAAAAUAUUUUCUUUGAUGAAUGAAAAAAAAAAAAAAAAGAAUCCGCCUGCCAAUGCAGGAGACACUGGUUUGAUCCCUGGUCCGAGAAGAUCCCCCAUGCCGCAGAGCACCUAAGCCCGCAACUACUGAGCCUGCACUCUAGAGACUGUGAGUCACAACUGUUGAGCCUGUGUGCUGCAACUACUGAAGUCCGUGUGCCUAGAGCCCCUGCUGCACAAGAGAAGCCACUGCAAUGAGGAGCCUGCGCACCACAAUGAAGAGUAGCCCCGCUCGCUGUAACUAGAGAAAGCCCGUGUGCAGCAUUGAAGACCCAACA